AUGGCAAUUACAAACUUUGAAGUAUAUGCAACGCGUUUGCGCGACGAGAGGCUGGAUGUCAAGCUCAAACAAACAAUUGCCCACGAGCUAUGCGAGUCCUUGGAGUUUUUCCAGCUCCAGGACUACACACGGUUUGUGGCCAUACUGUGGCCAGUCAUUCGUGAUCUGUUGCUCAAGACGCCGCCGGUGUUCGUCAGCUCAGCGCCCGAGCAGCGUAUUCCACACAGCGAGGUGUUUAGGCCCGUGGUGCUGGAGGUGGUCACCACUCUGCUAGCUCUGGUGAAGACCGAAAAUGAGGAGAACGCCGUCGUGUGCCUAAAGAUUAUAUACGAGCUACACCGCAUGUAUCGCCAACUGCUCGAUGGAAUCGCUUUGCCGUUUCUCGAUUUGGCGGCCGAAAUCUACCGCAACGCCGAUCAGAUGCUCAAGGUCAUGGACAGCCUUGACACACCAGCGCCGCUGUCCACGCCCAACGUCAAUUUAAUGUCUCCCAGCGCCAUGUCGCCGGGCCCAGACAUGGGAGACGUGUCGACAAAAAACUUGAGUAAAGCCACAUCAUCGUUCAAAGUGUUGACCGAAAUACCAAUUAUUGUCGUCUCGAUCAUCCAGGCGAACCGCCGCCACGCCGACCCGUUCGUGACCAACAUACUGCCGCUAAUCCUGCACAUGCUCGAGCUGAACCCAAGGGACUCAUUGGGCAUCCUGAGACUGCGCAAAGCCAAAACCAGCACUGGCGCAUCAAAGACGCUGUCGUUUCUGGCCUUUUUUGCUCGCGGAUUCACGCCACUGCUGAUUCCAUUUCAGGACCGAAUCGCGAAUCUGACACUGCAGCUUCUGUGCCUGUGCCCGGCUGAGGCGACCGCCACGCGCAAGGAGAUUUUGAUUGCCACCCGCCACAUUGUAUCGACCGACAUCCGCAAGGCCUUUUUGCCGAUCGCGGACAAAUUCCUCGACAUGCAGGUCCUGGUCGGGUCAGGCCUGGCCAGCCAGUGCAUACUCAAGCCAUUUGCGUUUAGCAUGCUUGCCGACCUGAUUCACCACAUCCGUCUUGAUCUUUCUCCCAGCCAGCUCACGCGGAUGAUCGACUUUUACGCCGGGUGCAUGCACGACCAGUCGCUGAGCUCUGGCGUCCACACGAUGUGUGCCAAGCUGCUGCACAACAUUACCGAACGAAUCAUGCUUCUCCCCGACAAGCGCCACGCCCGCAUUCUGCUGCUGACCAUCUUAAAGACAUUCACGUCCUCGUUUGCGGCCAUCGGCAACCAGGCAGCGGCAGCGAUCAGCGACAUCAAGUCCGGAGGCGUGCACGCCGAGGAGAAGAUUUAUGGCGUUAAUGAGCUGAUCCGCACAAACGCGUUCGAACAGGGUGAUAAUAUCAAGGAGCUCCGCUUCCUGCUGCGCAGCCUGGUCACCGGCUGCAAGAACGUUAUCUACGGGCUCAAACGCUGCGACUCGAUGCUCGCAGUGGGUAUGGAUCCGCGUGCUCAGUCUACCAAGGCCGAAGGUGCAGAGGCCGAAGGCACAACAGAUGCCUCCGGCGCCAGUAUAUCCAUUUUUUCGGCAGCGUCCACGCAGGAGGCCCAGCUACUGGGCUUUGAGCUUGAUCUUUUGUCGUCACUGUUCCGCGAGGGGCUGCGCGCCUGCCGCAUCCACGACAUUGAGCGGAUUCGCAGCGAGGUCGCAGCGAGUGCCGCCCAAGACAGCGUCGCUGAUGUCGAUGACGACGGCGACGGCGAGGCAACACGGUCCCCUGCUUUGUCGCGCGAGGCCCAGAUCAAGCUUGUCGAUCGCGAGGGUAAGGAGCAGAUUGAGCACUUUGCAAAUCUGUUCAUCAACCUCGAUCCGGCUGUCUUCCAUGAGCUGUUCACGUCGCAGUUCGACUACGCGUUCCAGGCGAUGAUCGACCACUGCGCGGCCAUAUCGAGCGUCCAGGUGUUUGUGGCGUCGGACCCCAAUUCGCCGGCCUUUAUCUCCAUCAUGCUGCGCUACCUGUGCGACCGGCUGGAUCUGCUCGGGUCAGACGACGAGGCGCUCACAAGCACAAUGCUGCAUCUGUUCAAGAUCGCAUUCCUGGCGCUAGCGCUCUACCCUGAGGCAAACGAGCCGGUGCUGCAGCCGUACGUCCAGACCAUUAUCAACUCGGCGCUGACCAUAUCCAAAGCCGCUAAGCGCCCCAAGAACUACUUUUUGCUUUUGCGCGCCCUGUUCCGCAGCAUCGGCGGUGGCCGCUACGAGACUCUGUACAAGGAGGUGUUCCCUGUGCUGCAGAACCUGCUUGAGACCCUUAAUAGUGCGCUCGGGUUCACCAAGCUGGCGUCGUCGAUGCAGGAGCUGUUUGUCGAGAUUUGCCUGACUGUGCCCGUGCGACUCAGCGUUUUGCUCCCCUAUCUAUCGCUGCUGAUGAAGCCGCUCGUGUUCGCACUUGAAUCUGGCCCCGAGUUGGUGAGCCAGGGCCUGCGGACACUGGAGCUGUGCAUCGACAAUCUCACGCGCGAGUUCUUGGACCCCAUUUUGACACCCGUCAUGGAUGAGAUUAUGUCGUCGCUGUGGCUGCAUUUGCGGCUCCCAUCCAGCGCCUCGACACACGCACCCGUGGCCGCGCGCAUUCUGGGAAAGCUGGGCGGACGCAAUCGCCACAUGCUCCUGACACGAUUCCCAGUUGAGUCUGGCGAGCAGCUUGACUCCGGCAUUGGCUCGGGCACCAGCGAAGACAAGCUCUCUGUCUCGAUGACAUUCGAGGGGCUCCCGAGGCUGGUCUCGAUGCCGCUGAUGGAUGCGGUCAUGUUUUCGGUCAAGGUGCUCGAAGACCGUGUGUCGACCAAGCAGCUAGAGCUCGCACGUAAGGAUGCGGUGGAGUUUAUUAUGGCCUGUUCCAGGUACACACUCGUGCUUCCCUUUGUCACCGACAGCCAGGCUGACAGCGCGCUUGAAGACGCCAAGAGCUACAGCCGGCAGCUUAUCGCGCUGACGUCCGACCCGCUUGCGUUGAAGCGCUUGGCCAACAUUUCCUCGCCCACCGCGCAGGGCAGCCAGAUCUUGGAGCGCAUAAUUGCGUCGUGCCCCUCGGUCGGCGACACCUUCAAGGCAGGUACGCCCAUUGUCACCAACGAGGCUGCCUUGACCGCGAGCAAUGCCACGCUGAGUGAGUUGUGCUCUGACUCUGUAGUCGCCAGCAAGAGCAUGCCAAUCAGCCACAGCGGCCUAAUGCACGUCAUUUGGGCGCUCAGCUUGGCCAGCGUGCAUAGCGAUGCCGCCCGGGAACUACUGCUGUCCAUCAUUGCCAUCGGCGUUCGGCAGCACAUCAUACAAUGUGUUGAGGCCGUGUCGCCAGAGCCGGAUUCUGUGCAGCAGGACGCAAAGACUCACGCGAUGUCGCUUGCCAGUGCUGUUCCCGAGAUCAUCUCGCGCGUUCUGGUCUCGCGCUCGAGGCGUCUACGCGCCAUGGGAACGCUGAUGCUACGGCACUUUUACACUACGCUGCGCGAGCUGCUAUCUAAAAAGGCCUCUCUCGUUGGCCAGCUACCAGCAAUGCAGACCAUCGUCUCCGACCUGUGCGCAGCCUGCUACGACCCUGCCAUUGAUACCAAACAUAGUGGAUGCGUUGGAAUUGCCUUUAUCGUUGAGGAGCUCGACCUAGGGCGCACUUGGCUAGCUGAAAACCUGCUUGAGCUCAGCAAGGCGCUCUUGUUCACCCUAAAGGACACUCACUCUAACGUUAUACCAAGCACGAACCCCGCCGAGUCGUCCGCUACUCUCAUGCGGAUUAUCAAGCAGGCGUUUCCGCCGACAUAUUUGCGCCACCGGACGAUGGACUGCGAAGACGGCUCUGUCAAUAAUGGUGUUACCAGCGACGUGCUCAUGUCUGACAGCGAACCCGGCCAGGAGAGCAACCUCGAUGCAACCUUUGCUGCCCCUAAGAUUGGCCCCCUACGACAAGAUGGUGAGGUAGAAGGCGCCACCCCAACUCCCACGAGUGCGAUUGCUUUUGAAAAGUCAGACAAUGCGAGCACCAUGGGCGCGAACGGUGCGAUUGACAGAAGCAGCGGCACACCCGAUCCUAACAGCAAAUUCGCCAGCGGAGACCGUACACACGCACCUGACACGGAACAAGUAGCAGCUGAUGGCAGCGCCGCUCCCUCUUCUGCAGUCUCUGUUUCUACUCCUGCUCCUGCUCCUGCCGAGAUGCCCGAUGCUGAUAUUGCAAUUGACAACGACUUGACUAAAUCUGCCGCAGAUGCUGGCGAGGAGCCAGUAUCCGGCGCUGCCGAUGCCGACGCUGCUGCCUCUGAGGCCGAUGCGGUGGACAAGAGCAGACAAGAGGGGAUGGCUGCUGCCACCCAACGGGCCAUGCUGGCGUUCAAGCGACUUUUGGCGCGCCUUUCGCCUGACAACAACCGGCUGCUAAACAACGAGGUCAGAGACGCAGCAAAGGCGUGCUUGGACAUUUUGGUCGAUGUCACCGGCUGCAGUGUCACCGCGCUGCUUCUCCCAUCUCGCGAUCGCCUGCUGAUACCAAUAUUCGGGAAACCCCUGCGUGCGCUGCCGCACAACAUGCAGAUCGGAAAUAUCGACGCAAUCACGUACUGCCUGUCGCUUGAUCCGCCGUUCCUUGAGAUCAAUGAGGAGCUUCUGCGUCUGUUGUCUGAGGCGCUGGCUCUGGCAGACGCCGAGGACCAAGCGCUGGUCAAUCAUCCAGCACAGGUUCGCACAAACACCAUGUCGCUGACGCACCUCCGGCAUGUGUGCAUCCGCAUGCUGACUUCGGCAAUGGUGCGCCCCGAGUUUGCCGACGCCAAGAACACGCCGACUCGCGCGCGCAUAAUAUCGGUAUUUUUUAAAUCUCUUUACCACAAGUCGGUCGAGGUUGUCGACGCAGCAAACGAUGGUCUGAAGCAGGUACUCUUGCAGCAGCAAAAACUGCCCCGAGAUCUGCUGCAGACUGGGCUCCGGCCGAUCCUGUUGAACCUGUCAGAUUACAAACGGUUGACUGUUGCAAGCCUCGAUGGCCUGGCGCGGCUACUCCAGCUGCUGACAAACUAUUUCAAGGUCGAGGUUGGGCGCAAGCUGCUGGACCACAUGCAACAGUGGGCCAACCCACACCUGCUGCAGGCCGCGUCCGAAAAAUCUAUCGAGGACAUGAACGAGAUCAAAAUUUUGGUUGCCAUCCUGCAGGUCUUUCACCUGCUGCCGUCGACGGCGGGCGUUCUCCUGGACGACCUAGUUGGCUCGGUUGUCAAUUUAGAGGUCCAUCUGUGUCGCAGGGAGUCCAGUCCUUUUAGGAAGCCGCUGUUCAAGUUCCUCAACCGCUACCCCACCGAGUCUGUGGUUUACUUUGUUGAGCGAAUCGAGAGCACUCACUACGCGCGCAUUUUUGUGCACGCGCUGAGCAGUUCGGAGUGCAGCCCGUUGCGCGAAGCGCUUAUGUCUCAGACACCGUUGCUGGUGAACAUUUUGCGCGAGUUUUGUAUACACGCCGAGGCGAGUAGCAACGCCAAUGGCAGCAGCACCAGCAGCAGUGUCGAUGCUGCGGUGGAUGCCAUGGCGGUAGACUCGGAGGGCGCACCGAACGCUGCUGGUUUGCCAACCAGGCAGCCGCCAGCCUAUAGCGACGCUGUUUCAAAGCGGCUGUAUAUCGCCAUGGAGGCGGCAACCAUGAUCCAUGCAUGCCUCGAGUUCCAGCCGCUCUGGCUGGAAGAGCGUAGCGACCUUUUGCAGACGCUUUUUGCGACGUGGACCGCUUCCACCUCGCUGGGGGUGGCCCCGACCAGUCCACUUGGUGCAUUGCCUUUUACUGGCCACGCGCGCGAUGGGCAAUCCACCGGCCAUUUUAUUCAGGCUACUGAUGUUGCUGGGCGCAGCUCGAGCGUCAUCGAUGUGUCGUUUGUCUUCAAGUAUGUGUGGGACAGCCUUAUAGUGCGGUGGCCGAUUUCCAAGCGCCGCGAGAUUCUCACAUCCGACGAGUCAAAUGCCAUUCUGCUUCAGCACUUGAUCAACCCGAUGGUAGCCACAGUCUUUACACUGCCGGACAUUGCACUGACCGAGAGCGCCAGUGACACCGGCAGUAGUGGGCAUGAUGGCAGCAGCGCCACUGCGCUUUCCAGCACCCCGCGCCCGCCGCUGACGCAGGAGCAGCGCGGCAUUGAGCUAUUGCGUGCGCCUGUCAUAGCGAUGUUCAACCAGCGCGUGUGGGCAGUGCACAUGCCCAAUGGCGCGCAGGCUUUGCUCGUCAAGCGGGCGUCGGUGCGGCUGGAGCUGGUUCAACUGUCAUCCAUUCUCAUCCGGCAUGCCGCCAGUGCCGUGAACGACAUUCGCAAGGACAUCAUCAAGUUUGGGUGGAACUACAUUCGCAACGACGACAUCAUGAUCAAGAACGCCUCGUACGUGCUGGUGGCACAGUUCAUCGCCGCAUUCGAUACACCAUCGAAAAUCAUUCUCCAAGCGUACAGUUCGUUGCUGAAAGCGCACCACGUGGAAAGCCGAUUCUUAGUUCGACAGGCACUGGACAUACUGCUGCCAGUGCUGCCCAUCAGAUUGCCGCCUACUGCUCAGCAGGGCAAUUCCGGAGAGAGCGGCAACGGUGCCGCCGCCGGACCGCCUGCGUGGGUGGUUCUGGCAAAGCGCAUUCUGAUUGAAAAUAGCGCAUCGUUGGCGCAUACGACGCAUGUGUAUCAGCUCAUUGCGGGGCAUCCGUCGAUAUUCUUCCCGUACCGAACGCAGUUUGCGUCAAAUCUGGUGGGCAUCUUGCAAAAGAUGUGCCUGACGCACAGCGCGACCUCAGAGACCAGGACGCUUGCGCUGGAUAUCAUGGACCUAAAGGACGCCGAGACUGUGCCGGCCGGCGAGGCAGACACCGGCAGCAAGCCCGGCGUCAAUGCCAAUGGCAGUGCUAACACUAGCACUAGUACGCCAGUGCUGGUGCCAGCAGCAUCAGUAGAUUUACUGAUGUCGGAAUCGCGGCGCGAGACCAUAGUCGGGCUACUUCUUCGAAUGUUGUGCCUUGUGUUCGACUUUGCUUUGAAAUCGAACUUGGGCCCACGUGCUCUUGAGCUUCUGACACAGUACUUGGACUCGAACAAGUGGCCGACAAUGCACCUGCGGUUGACAUUCUUUGAGCGGUCGAUGCAGCAGAUCGAGGCGCAGGGCAUGAACCAGCAGCUGGUGCUGCACAUUCUGACUGUGCUGUCCGUGGUGACCAACCAGAUGCAGCCAAUAUGGUUUGAAGAGUACUUUGGCGUGCUGGUUGGCAUCGUGCGCAAGUGCAUGACGGUCGACAACGGGCAAGUCCAGAAGAUAGUCGCAUCGAUAUUGCGGCAGCUGUACGAGCAGGCAGCGGCCAACGAGCGCCUUGGAAGCUCGCCGAUAGUGGCCGAUCUCAAGGCCCACGACAACACAAAUAUAUACGGCACGCUGCUGACGCUGCACGCCAUUGGCGAGCACACAGGCGAGCAGCUCUUCUCGCACAUCCCACAACUGAUGAAGUUUGUCCAGAGAUACACGAAAGAGCACAACUCGCACUCGGCGUCAGGGUCGCAGGCCGCGUCGGGGGCGCAGCAGGGAACCGGGACUGCCCCACCUUCUUUGCAGCCGUCGACGUCGGCGUCAUCGCAUAAUGUGGCUACGAGGGUGGCAAACACCAGCGCGGAUAUCCUCCAGCUCGUGGCAAGCAGCGCCGGUCAGAUCCCGCUAACUGUGGAAGCACUGGUCAAGGGGGAAACGCCACUGGACAUUUUACUAAUGCUGCUACUUUUGCUGCGCGACCACAUAUCACGACUGGGCGACCAACGGCGCAGCUUCCUGACACAUAUCAUACAGCUCAUCGAGCGCAAUGGUGCGCGAGUGGGUACUGGACCCGCAGGAGGUAUUCCCGACGAUCAAGGAGAAGGCGAUGCUAAUGUCGUCAUGAUGAGCUUUGUCCAUGGAUCGGCAUCUGCGAGCGACAACGCCAGCCGGGCGAGCGUCCGUGCAGGUGCAGGCUCCGACACAGAUGGUGGAGACCCGUUUGCACUGCUCGAACGCAAGUAUCUUGGUCUGGUUCUGGAGGUAUACAACGACGUGCGGUUCACGCGGUCGGAGAUGACCAUGCGGCUCGAACAGGCGUUUUUGUCCGGAAUGCAAAGCGAAGACAGCGAGAUGCGCGGGAGGUUUCUGGCCACGUUCGACGCCAACAUGCCUGGGGCGCUGUCAGUGCGCCUGAACUACCUGCUGGAGACCCAAAACUGGGAGAGCGUGUCAUCAACAUUCUGGCUGCAGCACAGGCAGGCACAGCGGAAGCAGCGGAGGCAGACAAGGGAGCCAAUGGACAUUGAUUUGAAGGCAGAUUCAGAUGCGGGCGCUGCAACCGUUGGCAGCAUUUUUGCGUACAGGAUGUGGGUCACGCUAUUCCCGCUACUAUGGCAAGGCCUCGGGCCCAAAGACCAGCACGAUUUGACUAGCGGCGUCAUUCGGUUGCUCGCGAAGCCGUAUCACCAGGCACAGACUGGGAUGCGACCCAACGUGAUCCAGGCGAUUCUCGACGCGUUUUGCGAAUGUCAACCGGCACCGCGUCUGCCGCCGCAGUUGCUACGGUAUCUUGGCCAGACGUACUGCGCAUGGUACCCAGCGCUGUCACUGCUCGAAACGAAGCUGCUCGAACGACGGGAGUUGGGCGCAUUUGAUGCGCUGACCGAGCUAUACUCGGCGCUGGCAGCGCGGCACUACUUCUACGGCGCCUGGAAGAGACAUUGUCAGUACCGCGAGUCGCACAUUGCGCUGGCAUACGAGCAGCUAGACGACUGGGCCGGCGCGCAGGCCGCGUACGAGCGCGCGCAGACCAAGGCGCGUGCAGGUGUGCUGCCAUUCUCAGAGUCCGAGUAUUGCCUUUGGGAGACGCGGUGGGUUGAGGCGACUAAGCGGCUGCAGAACUGGGACAUGCUGCUUGACCUGGGUCUCCACGAGUCGCUGCCGGAGAUCGAGCUGGACGCCGGCUGGCGCGUGUGGGACUGGGCCGAGCGCAAUUCGCAGACGUUCUUGACUCUGGCGCGCGGCUCGGGCGCCGGCACGGGAACCGGCUCCAAGACGGCGGACUUUCAGCGCAUGUGCAAAGAGGGCAUCCGCGCAUGCUUGCAGCAGUGGAAUGAGCUGCCAGGGGUAGGCACCCCGUCGCACAUCUCGCUACUGCACAUGUUCCAGCUCAUGGUUGAGCUGGGCGACGCAAGCAACAUCUACGCCAGCCUGGCGGCGACCAAGGCUGACAAUCUCGAAUCGAAAUCGGGAGACCUGAAGUCUGUUUUGCAAACGUGGCGAGAGCGGCUGCCCAACAACAGCGACCCAAUCAAUGUGUGGAGCGACCUUGUAGCCUGGCGCCAGCACGUCUUCAAGGCCAUCAACGACGUGUAUGUGCCCUUUAUCUCGCAGCAGCAGCAAAAGGCAGCUGUCAUUGAGGAUGUCGAAGGCGAUUCGUCAUCGGUGGCUGCUGCGGCCAAGCCCGCACCAAAGACAAAGGGCACUCGCAAGGCCGGGGACAGCGAGCCAGACUCUACCACCAAGGAUGAUUCGGGUGCCGGUGCUAAUGGCGGAAGCGUCGCCACAAAGCCACAGCCUGCCGGCGCUAUUUCUGGUUCUGGUUCUGGUUCUGGUUCUGGUCCUGGCACCAGUGCUGCUACCACCGCCGCGGCCGCUGCUGCCGCCGCUUCUGCUGUUGCCGCCGGCAGCACUCCCAGCGGCAACAACAACUCAGUGCUCACAUCGUACGCCUACCGCGGAUACCACGAGAUGGCGUGGAUCAUCAACCGGUUUGCACACGUAGCGCGGCUGCACGGGCUGGUUGAUGUGUGUAUUGGGUCGCUGACGCGCAUCUACACGCUGCCCAACAUCGAGAUCCAGGAGGCGUUCCUCAAGCUGCGCGAGCAAGCCAAGUGCUACUACCACCGGCCGCAUGAGCUGCAGAGCGGGUUGGAUUUCUUCACGCUCAAGGGCCAGUUCUUGGCAAAGCUGGGCAAGCUUGACGAGGCCAACCAUGCGUUCGCGACGGGAAUCCAGUUCGACCUGGGGUCACCCAAGGCGUGGGCGGCAUGGGGGCGGUACAACGACGAGCGUUUCUGCAGCAACAUGCCCGACACCACUGGUGCAGUCAACGCUAUCAGCUGCUAUAUGCAGGCGGCAGGCCUGUGCAAGCGGCCACGCGUGCGGCGAUACCUGGCCCGCACGCUGUGGUUGCUGAGCCAGGACGAUGCAGCGGGAAAUAGCGAGAUGCCCACCUGGUACUGGAUUGCCCGGCAGGCACAGCAGAUUUUGUUGCGCAUCGCCAAGCAGUACCCGCAGGCGCUGCACUACGCGCUGCGCACAGCCCGCGAGGAGGCGGUUGUGGCCCGGCAGCGGCAGGCGGGCGAGGUGGCAGCACCAGCGGCGGCUGCGGCGGCAGCACCCUCGCUGGCCGCAGACGAGCUGAUGGCCAAGCUCAAAACAGCGCACCCGCUGCUGACGCUGUCGAUGGAGACAAUGAUCAACCAGAUUGUGCACCGGCUCAAGCCGUGCCCCGAGGAAGACAUCUACCGCCUUGUCCACGCGCUGCUGGGCGAUGGGCUGCAGCAGCUACACGCGGGCGGCGCAACGCCAGUUGACACAAUUGUCGCCAACACAUGCCGCGUGGCGCUGAGUCUACCGGCCGGUGGCAUCAAGGCGCGGUUCGAGCGCGACUUUGGCGCGGUGCGUGGCAUGGACUUGUGCGCGUACGUUACGCGGCUGUACCAGUGGCAGCAGAUGCUGCGGCGCGCCAUCCGGCGGCGGCCGCGCGCGCUGAUGCUUAGCCUGUUCAGCCCGUUUUUGGUGGAGUUUGAGCAGCAGAAGUUCGAGGAUGUCGAAGUGCCGGGCCAGUACCUGCGCCUGUCGGACACAGGCGACGACUUUGUGCGCAUCGAGCGCUUCAUGCCGGCGCUGGCCGUCGUGCUGCGCAAUGGCAGCGUGGCGCGCACACUGGCGGUCCGCGGGUCCGAUGGCAGCGUCAUCCACUUUGCCGUGCAGCACUUCACAUCACGCCACAACCACCAGGAGGAGCGCUGGGCGCAGCUGUACCGCAACCUCGAUGUGGCCGCCGAGCAGGACCGCGACGCGUGGGUGCAACGGCGAGCGCCCGACGCGUUCACGCUGCAAGACGUCUACGACACGUCGUGCGCGCGUACCGGUAUCGCCGAGAUCGCUCCGGCGCUGUACCACACGGCGCGCAUGCGCGAGCUGGCACCGUCCGACGAGGCCGCUACCGCUGCCGCUGCUGCCGGGCUGUUUGAACACAUCUGUCAGCAUAUGGUGUCGCCGUCACUACUUGCUGAUGACAACUUUUCGUUCCAGGUGGCCGUCUCCAUUGCGCUGACGUACAUCAUUGCCAGCGCACAGCGCACGCCUGCCAAGCUGGCCAUCUCGCGCGCGUCCGGCAACAUCAGCCUGGCUGAGCUUGUGCCAAUGCAGGCGACGCCUGGCCUGAUUCACAGCGCUGAGCCUGUCCCCUUCCGUCUCACGCCGGCCAUCCAGGCUUUUGUCACCGAGCUGGGGCUUGAGGGCAUCCUGCCGUUUGCCGUACACAAGGUUGUGCAGCGCCUGGCCGAACGCGAGCACCUGCUGCGCGACUUCCUCGAUCUGUAUGUGCGCGACGAGCUGAUCCACAUGCCAUCGGUGCGUGCGCUGGCUGCCGUCAACCCCGCCGCGCUGGCAGAGAUGUGCGACCGCAACGUCAAGCUCAUUGUCCACCGCGCCGCGCAGCUGGCCGAGAUUCUGCCACCCAAGGAUGUGCAAGACAAGGAGCUGUCGCCGAUGCAGCCGCUGAUCCACCUGAUGGCGCAGGCCGUGGCGCCCGCCAACCUGGCCCAGAUGGACUACGUGUGGAUGCCAUGGCUGUGA